AUGGCAGAAGGAGGUUCCUCAAGGAGUUUCCUAGGACGCGACAAUACGCACAAAAAAACUUUGUCCAUGGCUUCAAGUAUCGGGAAAGCAAAAUUCGUAGAAACGGGGGUAAAGCCCUUCCAGUGCUUGGUGUGUCCACGAACAUUUAAAAAUAAAAGUUGUAUGGUGAUACACAUGAGGAGUCAUACCGGCGAAAAGCCUCACCAGUGCAGCGUGUGUUCCCGAAGAUUUAGCCUCAAAGGCAAUCUCACGGUCCAUACUCGCACCCACACGGGUGACAAGCCCUUCGAGUGCGCGGUAUGUGGCAAAACGUUCGGCCACAAAUCCAAUCUCACCAAACACAUGUCCAUCCACACGUCAGGUGAGCGGGCCUACAAAUGCUCCAAGUGCCAAAAAAGUUACAAAUCCUCUACAUACCUCGAACGGCACGAGAAAAUCCAUACGGGCGACCGCGAGUGCUCCAAACAUCCGAAAUCUCUGGGAUCGAAUAAAGAUGUCACUCGGCACACAGACUUCCAGCGCAACACCUGCCAUCCCUCCAGAAAGUGUUUGCAGACCUUUGGCCACAACUACAGCAGUCCCGUGAAUCAUUCGCGUGGCUGGAAUUACUUUCACUGCGAUGAAUGCCAGCAAUACUUUGGCGAUUCGGACAGCCUCAGGUAUCAUAGACUUGUACGUCACUUUUACCCCUGCCCACUGUGUUCGCGGUCCUUUGGCCAGAGCAGAGAUGUUUCGGCGCACAUGGCCUCUUAUCACUGCUUCCGUUGCUACGUGUGCCGAAGAAUUUGUGCCGGAUCUUUUGAUCUCGCGAGACACAAAUGCCACCCUCGUGGUCUUGAAUGA